AUGGUUGAGACUGAAGGCAAAAGCGGACGUGAGCUCCCACAGCUGUUAAUGCCAGACAUCAAAGAAGCAAUGGAGAUCUUACUCAAGAAAAGACGAGGCCAACACCAAUCCAAACAACAGGUUUUUCUUUACCCAUACCACAUUCGCCACAGGGACUGUCUGACAAAACAGUGUCGAGGGGUUAAAUUAAAAGAACCUAAUUUGAUAACAAGUACCUGCCAUAGAAAGUAUGUUGUGACGGUUUCCUCACUGUUAGACCUCCAAGAGAAAGAGUUGGAUGGACUGGCGCGACACAUGGGACAUGACAUCAGAGUACACAGGGAAUAUUAUAGACUCAUCGAGUCUGGAGCUGGCAAAAGUCGGCAAAAUAUUGGCACUAGUUGA